GCGGUGGUACACACACUGUUACUCACUGUUGUCGAUGAAGUUACACUUGGGAUCUUCCCCUCCCCCCUCCCCCCCUUCCGUCCCUCGCACUUGCCGCAUCUCUCUCUCUCACACACACACGCCGUCUUCGUCUUCUUCUAAGCGCACACACUCAUAUAACAGCGAGGGAGCGAACGAGUGAGUCCGGAUUUCUGUUUGUAUCUGUAGUAGCUGCGAAUUGAGGCUUCGGAGAUGGCUGAGAUUGAUGAAUUCGCAAUGUUUGGGGCGUGUUAGGGCGGGGAAUUGAAGGGACGUGCAGGAUUUCGAAGUAGGGAGGAAGAGAGGGAGAGAAAAGGGGGGGAUGGAGGAGGGGAGCGCGGAGAAGCUGAAGGAGGUGCUGGAUGGCGUCGGGGAUUCAUUGGAGAUGUCGCCGCAGGUGUCGGAGAUGACGACGGUGGAGAGUGAUGUGACCUCGGGAGAAGAAGAGGACUGCGCGAGCACAAUUGGUGGCGCGGAUGAGCCGUCAUCGACCUUGCGUCGGCGCACAAGCAUGCAGUUCAAGUCCGUGGAUAGUCGAGAUAUGUUAAACGGCAUGCCUGUGAAGAGUAGCAAUCUGGCGGGGGAGAGGGCUGCCACCAGCCAUAUUAAUGCCAACACGAAAUUCGACCUGCGGGGGUGUACGCCUGCGCAUCGCGUUAGGAGGGAAAGCCCGCUUAGUUCAGACGCAAUUUUUCAUCAGAGUCAUGCUGGGUUGUUCAAUCUCUGUAUUGUUGUUUUGAUAGCUGUUAACAGCCGGCUUAUUAUUGAGAACUUAAUGAAGUAUGGACUACUCAUUAGAACUGGUUUCUGGUUUAGCUCCAAGUCUGCACGCGAUUGGCCACUCUUGAUGUGCGGUUUGAGUUUACCGACUUUUCCCUUUGCAGCGUUACUAGUGGAAAAACUAUGCUGGAAAAAUGAAAACGGGAAAUGGGUCCUACGCCCUAUUUCAGAAGGAUUGAUUUUCGUACUACACCUCAUAAUCAGCACUGUAGGGAUACUGUAUCCUGGAUAUGUUAUACACAGGGUGCAAUCCGCACUGCUGCCUGGUCUUGUAUUGAUACUCAUUGCAGUGACUGGGUGGAUGAAGCUUAUAUCUUACGCUCAUGUCAACAAGGACAUGCGAGAACUUUUGAGAGCCAAAGAAAAGCUACCUGAGGCACCACAGUACGCAGAUAAAAUAGAGGUUCCGGACCACCUUACGAUCCAAAAUAUUGCUUAUUUCAUGCUCGCGCCCACACUUUGCUACCAGUUGAGCUACCCUCGUUCGGACACAAUUCGAAAAAGUUGGGUGUUACGGCAAGCCGGGAAAUUGGUUGUGUUCUUGGGUUUAGGGGGAUUCAUCAUUGAGCAGUACAUAAAUCCCACUGUGAAGAAUUCACAGCACCCGCUCAGGGGCAACUAUCUUCAAGCACUGGAGAGGGUUUUAAAGCUUUCGUUGCCAGUUCUUUAUGUUUGGCUGUGCUUGUUCUACUGUUUAUUUCAUCUUUGGUUGAAUAUUGUGGCGGAGCUACUUCGCUUUGGGGACAGGGAAUUUUAUAAGGACUGGUGGAAUGCUCAAACAGUUGAAGAGUAUUGGCGAAUGUGGAACAUGCCUGUGCACAAGUGGAUGGUGCGGCAUAUUUAUUUUCCCUCCAUUCGAGCUGGCUUAUCAAAGAAAGCAGCAGUACUACUGGUGUUUGCAAUUUCAGCUUUGUUUCAUGAGGUUAUCAUUGGUGUUCCGUGUCAUAUGCUUCGAUGCUGGGCUUUUCUUGGUAUCAUGAUGCAGGUUCCGUUGGUGUACUUGACAAACGUGAUAAAAGAGCGGUACCAUAGCUCUAUGGUUGGAAAUAUGGUAUUUUGGUUCUUCUUUUGCAUUGUCGGGCAACCCAUGUGCUUGCUUCUCUACUACCACGACGUUUUCAACAACUUUCCCAGUACCUGAACUGAGAUCACCCAUUCGUGCAGUUGUUAAUCUUGUGAAUAGCACUCCUCAUCUGUACCUUGUUAUGGCUUCCACUUCUCGAGAAUCGACUAAACCGCAACUCAUAUGUUUGUCAAUAACGAUUCAUUCGUAGGCGGGUUGGUGUGAGAUUACAAGAGAGGAAACUUUCGUCGUAAGCCAGCAGUGUAGAUACAGUCCAGGUAGGAGUGUAACGGGCACUUGCUUCAAGGGCAGAUCCUUGUCAACGCAAGCUUUUGUUGGAGCUUGUUGGAGCUUGUUUCGCACUUAGUAUUCUUUUCUAGCUGUAGUUUUAGGUGACGUUAGUCUAUUCUUGGUCCCAUCAUCCAUCCUGUAAGAUGCUGGGCGUGCUCACGUGCAGAAGCUGCCUCGAAUCCUACGUUACAAUUUCAUGUUGGAUACCGCGUGGAUGUCCGCUUCAGAAUCUGCGUCAUGAUGAUGCACACCAUUUUUUUCUAUUGGAAACUGAACAGAGGGUAGUGAUACGUAAGAACAUUUUGGGAACCGUGCCUGAAAAUCGUCGGAGCAAAUAAUGAUGUGGUUUUGCAGCAUGGUCGUAGUAGUCUUUUACACCACAUCUUCACCUACUUUGAGGAUAUGUUUCAAGUUUUCUACCUUU